CUCCCCCUUUCUCUUUCCCGUUCACUUCUAAUAGGAUAAUUGAUAGAUAGCCUAAAUCGUCGAUAAGUGAGGUCGUCGGAAGCUCUGAGGAGAAACUUUGAUGCGCUGCUCUUCGCUCGUAGCGGCAAGUUGCAGCCGGACUUUGAGCACCGGAGAUGCUCUGAGAGGAUCUGAGUUAAACACUCUUCUACCGCCAGCUCACAUUUUACAGAGGACUGCAAUGGUGGAUGGGCCGGCAAUAUCUUUGGAUAUGGAUCAGAGGGCCGUGUGUGCAGGAUGCCACCGGCCGAUCAGAGACAGAUUCCUGCUCAGAGUCACUGACGGCCUCUGGCAUGAGGAGUGUGUGCGGUGCGCGGCGUGCGGGGACGCGCUGACCAACUCUUGCUUUCUGCGGGACCGCAAACUUUACUGCAAGCGGGACUAUGCGGAUCUGUUUGCGGUGCGUUGUGGGGGCUGCGCGGAGGCCAUCUCUCCUGCAGAGCUGGUGAUGCGUGCAGGGGCCGCUGUGUUCCACCUGCGCUGCUUCACCUGCAGCGUGUGUUCCUGCCGCCUGCAGACUGGAGACCGCUGCGUCCUCAGGGAGGGACAGUUACUGUGUGCCAGAGAGGACUACCACCAGUGUCUGGCCAGCCCGACUUCCUCUGACACAGGUAAAAGUGAUGACGAUGAAGAAGAGGAGGAGGAAUCUCGGAAGGUUACUGGCAGACGAAUUAGAUCAGAAGACCUGGAGAGCAAACGUCCCAAAAGGCCUCGCACUAUUUUGACCACUCAACAAAGACGGAUCUUUAAAGCCUCCUUUGAGGUCUCAUCCAAGCCUUGCCGAAAGGUAAGGGAGACCUUGGCAGCAGAGACUGGUCUGAGUGUUCGGGUUGUGCAGGUCUGGUUCCAGAACCAAAGAGCCAAAAUGAAGAAACUGGCCAGGAGACAGCAGCAGCAGCAGGAACAGCAGCAGACUCAGGAGCAGCGUGAACAUCCAUCACAUCACACAGCGCCCUCCGGUGGCGGUUUGACCUCUGAGCUGGAGCAUCUGGGGUCCUCCUAUUCCCACAUUCAGCAGCAGCAGCAGCAGAUGGGACUCACCACAGUGGAGCAGCAGGACUAUGACAUGGACCCCUUCAGACAGGGCCUGACCCCACCUCAGAUGCCAGGGGAUCACAUGCACCCCUACGGUUACAAGGGCCUGUACGGUGACAUGGACCAUGACCCUUUGUGUCACGUGGCUGACAGCGACUGCCUGUCUCUGGGUGACUCCUCUCUACUCACCCCCAUUGACCGCCUCUACUCCAUGCAGGACUCAUACUUCACCUCCUGAAAGUUGCACAGCAGACUCAGUGAGAAGCAGUUCAUCUCCCUCACUCAGCAUCGCAUUCUGGUCGCAUUAUUUAUCUGUCUGGACCAUGCACAAGGUAGUCGAGGAAGUGGGUGCAAAAUUACUACUAAGGGGACGUGGGUACACUGUGAUACCAUGCAAUAUACUGUAAAUCAGUGGUAAUCAGGCACCUCCAUAUAAACAUAAUUACACUACUGCCUCUUAUGCUUUACAACCCCACUGUACAACACAGGCUCUUAAAAAGUCUCCUGUGUAUGCAUGAUACUGUCAGACCUCUCUCACUAUGUUUGAAUGUUAGAGAUUAUAAUUGCAUUUUAAUGUAAAUAGCUGUUUGAGUGUGUAUUUGUAUUUAUUCUCACAUUGUGUGUAUGCUGUUCAUUUUGAAUGAAUCGACAAUGAUCA